CCCAAAGCUGAUUUCAUCACUCAAGUUAAGAUCGUUCUUGAAAAAGGUUGUCUGUCUGCGUUCUCAAUCAUAAUAAAUUAAUUAUUAAACAUGAAAGUAUUUGUUGCAAUUUUAGCUUUAGUGGCCUGUGUUUCCGCCGAAGAAUGGACUCCUAAGAAUAGCGAACAAAUCAAAGAGGUUCGCAUUGAAUGCUUAAAAGAACACCCUCUCUCGACUGAACAAAUGAACAAAAUGAAGAAUUUCGAAUUCCCCAAUGAGGAAUCCGUUCGUAAAUAUCUCCUCUGCACUGCUGAAAAAAUGGACAUCUUCUGUUCUCAUGAGGGCUAUCAUGCCGAUCGUAUCGCUAAACAAUUCAAGAUGGACAUGGAGGAAGAAGAGGUCAAGAAAUUGGUCGAAGAUUGUAUUGCCAAAUUCCCCAAGGGCGAUAAGCCCAACGAUGUGGCCGCUUAUGAAGCCCAUAAUUGUUUUAUGAGCAGCGCCAUCGGUGACAAGUUAAAGAAUUAUAUUAAGAAACGUCAGGAAGCCGCCCAACAACACGAAUAAUUAGUUUAAUAUUGUUAAGAGAAGAAAACAAAAAUACAAACCAAUAAAUACAAGUUUUAGUUAAUAAUCCAAAAAA